CGUGUCGUCCUUGUGACGUGCUCGGGGAGGAGUCUGGGAGUUGUGUUUCGGGUCCUGUAGUACUGUUCGCAGUAUAUCGCCCUCUAUUCUUUACCGGGCCUUUUCAGGCUCUCAUGGGCAAAAGGGCGAGCACAGCAACAUGUCUGCCUCCAUUGUGAGAGCGACUAUCCGGGCAGUCAGCAAGAGGAAGCUGCAGCCAACCCGGGCGGCCCUCACACUGACCCCUUCUGCUGUAAAUAAGAUAAGACAGUUACUUCAAGAUAAACCUGACCAAAUUGGUUUAAAGGGUAGCAGUUAAGACAAGAGCUGCAAUGGCUUCUAUUAUUUAGAAUAUGUAAAUUCUAAAGGAGCUUCAGAUGAAGAAGUUAUUCAAGAUGGAGUCCGAGUAUUUAUCGAAAAGAAAGCUCAGCUGUCUCUUUUAGGAACGGAAAUGGACUAUGUAGAGAAUAAACUAUCAAAUGAGUUUGUUUUUAAUAAUCCAAACAUCAAAGGGACCUGUGGAUGCGGAGAAAGCUUCAACAUUUGAAACAUUAAGGCUUUGCCUGAAAUGAUGCUACAAAACAUUUUCAACUAUUGUUGUAUUGAAGGGCACUUUUGUCUGAUGCUUGGCCUUCAUAAAAUAUUGCUUACUCCAUUUAACUUAUUAGUAGAUUAGUGUGUAUUGUGCUCAAAAUCCAUAUUGCAUUAUGUCUCAUGCACUAAUUGUUAGACUGAAUUCUUAAUGGAGUCCCUUAGUAAGCUUUGUUUUUAGGUUAUAUUUGUAUAUUCCAUCUUAAAUUUUAGGGUUAUUUGUUACAGGAAUGGGAAAUCAAAAUUAAGCAUCUUAGUUUGAUACAUUUUUAAAAUAGUGCUUCUAACUUUGCUGGUUAUUUUGUUUAUAUCCUUUUAAUAUACUCUUUGAUUCGUUGACUUCUUAUGGUCCAGCUAGAGCAGUGAUGGCUAACCUUAGCACCACAGAUGUUUUGGUACUAAAUUUCCCAUGAUGCUUAGGCACUAGUUGAGCAUCAUGGGAAAUUUAUUUCUGAAACAUUAGGGGUGCCAAGGUUAGUCAGAACAUAAAUGAUGUAAUUAGUCCAACAUUUAUUAGGAAAGAUAUAUUAUUUUUUUUCUUUGCCCUGGUGAACGCAUUUUUAUUGUGCCAAGAUCUUCUUUAAAUGAACAUUGUAGUCAAUUUAGUUUCAUUUAAAAUAAGAUUGCAAAAUGUGCUUUAAAUGCAUGUUCUUUUCCUGUUUACUGUCCGUUUUAAUGAAAUGUUGAUAAAAAAAAAAAAAAGUAAUUCUAACGUUACAGGUGGCUAAAAAUAAGUCAUUGUGUUUAAACAACUCCAUUUCUAUUCUCUUUUAUUCUAAAUUUCAAAUUCAAUUUUGGUAUGUAAUGAUCAAGUUUAGAACAAUGUCUUGUUAUUUAAUAGUUAGCUGAACUUUCUCAUUCAUGACAUUGGCCAGUCCCCUACACUAUUGUUACAGCUUAUAGAUGAGGAACACUGUCUUAAUGCCUUAGUGCUGAAAACUAAUAUAGGGUUAAAUUGGUAGAUCGUAAUAACUUUGUUCUUACCUUUUAAUUCUCUGAUGACCGUAUAUUGAUGUCAUGUACAGGAUAUAUUGUGAACAAUUAUAAACUGACCCUAUGGUUGGUGCAUCCACAUAGAUGCUGCUUGCAAAAGAGAGCAGAGAUGAGCCAGUUUUUGAAGCAGCUUCAUUAGAAAGAUUGAGUGACUACUUUCUCCUAAAAUCUGGAGAUUUGCACACUUUGUUCCCUGUCUACACAAUCAAUUCAGUUUGAUAGUAGUAGUUUUUAUUUUAAAGGGACAGUGCACUGUAACCCCCCCCCAUUUAAAUGUGUUCCCACCUUUACUAAAAAUUUUGAUACUUAAAGGGACACUGAACCCACAUUUUUUUUACGUGAUUCAGAUAAAGCAUGCAAUUUUAAACAACUUUCUAAUUUACUCCUAUUAUCAAUUUUUCUUUGUUCUCUUGCUUUCUUUAUUUGAAAAAGAAGGCAUCUAAGCUAUGUUUUUGGUUCAGACCAUGGAAAGCACUUGUUUAUUGGUAGGUGAAUUUACUCACCAAUCUGCAAGAACAAUACAGUGUAUUCACCACAAAUGGGGCGGCAUCUAAACUCACAUUCUUGCAUUUCAAAUAAAGAUACCAAGAUAAUGAAAAGAAUUUGAUAAUAGGAGUAAAUUAGAAAUUUUCUUAAAAUUGCAUGCUUUAUCUGAAUCACGAUAGAAGAAAAUUGGGUUUAGUGUCCCUUUAAGUAUUGGUUAUAAAAACAAGGGUUUUGGGGUUGGACAGAGAGAUAAUAAAUGUUCAUUUUCCACUGUCUCUUUAUGAGACAAGAAUAGGAGAAUUUUGCGUAAAUGGAAAUAAGGGAAUGAGGUCUGCUUUCCCUGCAAGCUUGGCCCAUUUGGUUGGGUUUUGGUUUAAUUUAGCAGAGACUUCUAUUUCAUAUUCAAAAAUAUACAUAAAGAAGCAUUGUCCCAUACUUUUAUAAACUCUGCAGCUGGUAUAACAAGUCUUUGUAAACAUCAUUAAGGGGGAAACAGUUGUUUAGUACACUGUUCAUUUAAGCUUGUUUCAAUUGAAACCCAACUGAUAUCCUUGAAAUGCCUUUUUUGCUAAAUAUUUGGAAUCCUAAAAAAUAUGUAAGAAUAAAAAAUUGUAUACUACAUUUAAUUUUGUAGAUUCUCCUAGUUGUUUUUUCCAUCUUACAAUAGAGCAAUUUAAAAUGAUUGCUGGUUUCAGCACAUCUGUCAUCUGAGUUGCCUUGGGGCCAUGUAAAAAAUUAAUUUAGUCAUUUAUUUUUCUGUUCAUAAGAGUUUAUUUUUAUAAAAUAAAAAAGUAACAUUUGAAAACAAUUUGGGUUUCCCAUCUCUAUAACUGCAGUCUAAAGGGACAUUAUACUUGUAUGCUAAAUCACUUGAAACUGAUGCAGUAUAACUGUAAAAAGCUGACAGGAAAAUAUCACCUGAGCAUCUCUAUGUAAAAAAGGAAAAUAUUUUACCUCACAAUUUCCUCAGCUCAGCAGAGUAAGUUCUGUGUUAAAUGUUAUACUUCAGCUGUUGUCCAGCUGCAGGUAAAAAAAUAAAAAUAAUGAAGAAAUGAACACCAGCCAAUCAGCAUCAACAGUGCUGAGGUCAUGAACUCUUUUACUGUGAUCUCAUUAAAUUUCACUCUCUCAUGAGAUAUCAUAGUAAACUUCCUUAAACUAAAUAGGGAAAUAACAUGAGAGUGCACAAGGCUCAAUCUCUUAGCUGUCCUGGGACAGACUUACGGAUUUGCUGCUUAGAAAUCCUUUACAAUGAGAUGUGGCUACUGAGGAACUUUUGUGGUAAAAUAUCUUUCUUUUUUACAUAGAGAUGUCCAGGUGAUAUUUUCUAGUCAACUUUUUACAGCUAUGCUGCAUCACUUUCAAGUGUUUCAACAUUUGGGUAUCAUGGCCCUUUAACUAGAUCAUUUACCUUAAAAAUGCUUAAAUUUCCUAAAAUGAAUGUUGUUCUUGUUUGCUCUAAAACUUUUUUUUUAACAAUGUACUUUUAUAUUAUACAUAUUAAUAUCACAAAGAAUAACCAUGAACAUUGUGCCCUAUGGUAAAUUGGAAAGUUAUAGUUUUCUUUCACUAUUUAUGGCUUGUUACAGUUUAUUUUUCCUUUUCAGCAAUAUGUGAAGCUUUUUGUUUUAUUUUUUUGUAAAGGGACAUGAAACCAUUUUUUUUCGUCUUCCAUGAUUGACAUAGAUCAUACAAUUUUAAACAACUUUCCAUUUUUCUUCUAUUUUUAAAUUUGUUUCAUUCUCUUGGUAUCCUUGCUUCAAGGAGCAGUAAUUGACUAUUGUGAGCUACCUGAAUACAUCUAGGGAACCAAUGACAACAGACAUUUGUGUAGUCACCAAUCAGCAGUUCAACUCCCAGUAGUGCAUUGCUGCUUCUGAGGCCUAUCUAAGUAUGCUUUUUAACAAAGGAUACCAAGCAAGUGAAUCAAAUUAAAUAGUAGAAGUUGGAGAGUUGUUUGAAUUACAUGUUCUGAGUCAUAAAAAUGUUUUAUUUUGACUUUACUGUCCCAUCAAGGCUUAACCUAUACAUAGGAUAUCUGAAUCUGUGCUGCUUUUUAUCUUGUGUAUUAAAUGUAAGCAAGUUACACAACUACCUAUUUAUCAGCUGGCAUCUAUUUUUAGUAAAAGAUUUAAAAGCUUUGAUCUUGUGUUAAAUGUUUUGCGAUUUUAAGAUGGCACUGAUAUAUGUAUAAUUUUAUUUUUCGUUUAUGGAGAAUUCCUGAAAACCUUAACGCACAACUAGAUUUAUAUAAAUCUACUAUGUACAUCUUGUAAAAGUCAGUAGCAUAUUUUUUUUUUUUGGUCUUAUUUUAAAAUAAAGCUGAUUUAAAAUUGUCAA